UAUUCGGUACAUGGUAAUUUAACCGCAAAAUUAUUUUUUCUGUGCAUUACGUCAUCACGGACAUUUAUUUUAAUCCGCAAAAAGUAAAUGUAAUGCAAACAACUCUGGUGGGAAAAUGGAGCAUAUUGUUUGUAUGCAGAUUUGGAUGGAAACCAAGCCAUUGACAUACUUGUUAGAUUACACAGGCUUUGCCAGGAGUCCACACCACACACACGAAUAAUGGUAACACCUUCAGCAUUCUGCAUGUGCCUGCAACACCACAGACGGCCAGCAGAUAUAACCCUUGCUUGACUUCCAUCAAUAAAACUAAGGCCAAGAAAGAAUUUGUAAUUUCUCAAAUGUUUCCCAAAUUGCACCUAAGGUUUUGAUUAUUAGAGUCUGUAAAUGUCAGAUUCAAAUUUAAUAAGUAGCCACAUUUUUUAAAUGUAAAUUCAAAGCAGAUGUAUUUAACAGUUUGUCACUCCUCUGAAGGGAGGGACUGUAUGACUGAUCUUUAGUAGUGGCAAUGGUUAUUAAUGGAACUGAUUAUUCCAGUGAAUUCUAAACAAUUUGAGUCAAUGGGUCUGUUUGGCUGCAAGGCUGGUGUCAGUCUGGGAACACCCACUGUCUCUUUCCAGCUCCCCUCCCUCUCCUCAUCUCUCUAUCCAACAUCAGUCUGAGCUCCACACCUCCUCAGGACAGACCUGCAGUACACCCAGAAUUCUGUGAGGUCUCAUCAGAUCUGGAUUUUCCUCAUUGCCAUCUGAUCAAGAUCCAACAGGUUCUGGGUAUAAAGGCUCAUCACAUCAGUUUACUGGAUCCACAAGCACAUCUACCUACAAUUUGAUACUUUCUCAUUCUAAACUGAGUUGAAGGGGAUCUCUCCAUACCAGGCCAUGCGGGUGAGCCGGGUGUUACAGCUGUCCGUCUGCCUGGUGGGCCUCAGCCUGGCAUGGCACUCCCCAUCACCAGGUAAACCCUCCAUAGAGGCCAGGUUCCUGUGGCCCAGAUACAGGUGCUUUCUGUGGGGCUGCUCCAAAUGCUCCAGGGGGUGCAGGAGAGUGCCUGGAGGAUGGAGAGGCAGGGUGACCAAGUGUCAGAGGAGCUGGUGGGAGACACCCAGGCUGUGGAGAGGUUACGAGAGCAAGGUGUGCAGGUAGGAAGGACCCAAAGGCAGGUGACGAAGAACCUCCAGAUGAUGACCGCACAGAGCGACAGGCUGGAGAAUGCAGCCCAGGAUGUGCAGCUGGGACUGGAGACUUUAUUGGCCGAGCAAGGUGCCUUGGAGCUCAGGAUGUGCCGUGUCCUGGAGAGGGUGCAGAGCAUAACCAAGCCAGUUCUAAGGAUGGAAAAACAGCUUAAUAUGAACCUGAUGAAGGUGAUAGUGGACACUCAGUCCAGACGUCUGGCUGACCUAGCCUUGGAGGUUAUGACCCGGGACAGAUUUAUUGAUAAGCAUCUGCAGCACAUUGUUGACCUGGAGGAACAGGCGUCUCGUAUCAGAGGGGAGAGGCCUCCCACCAGCGCUGAGGGCCGAUUCUGAUGAUGGCUCUGGCCCUUGUCUGGGCAACAACCACAGCUGCAUCAACAUAAACACUCCAUUCAAAACAACAAGAAAACAACAUAGUUAUAGUCGAAAUCUGAGAAAGAAAGAAACAUAGCAUUAUUCAUACAAUAUUCAAGCUUAAUUUCUUCAUCCAGAUACUAUGAGAUGAUCUGAUUGGGAUUUUAAAAGGUAGACAUCCUUGUUGGGUAAUCUCCAAAGUGUUGUGGCUCUGUGUUAAUGUUUAAGGUUGAUAUUUGGAAGCCUUGUAUUGCAAUCCCUUGUCAGCUGGUGCCUCUAGGGCAAUUCAGGCAGAUGUUAGAGGGACCUUUUACUGAAGAAUGUGUUUGUUUCAUACAAUUGUGUUUUGCUUUUGUUGUUUUGUUUUCAUGCAUUGUGUAAUUGAUGUGUAUAGAUAUCCAUAGUGUAAUGGUUGUUUAUUGAAGUGUUCAUGCAGGGCUCAUCUACAAAAGAGACCUUGGUCUCAGCAUGACUCAAUGCUUAAAACUGCAAUAUGUAACUUUUUGGGAAACCCCACCAAAUUGACAUAGACAUAUGUGUUAUAGAUCUGUCAUUUGCAUUGAAAGCAAGUCUAAGAAGCCGUAGAUCUUUUCUAUGAGCACUAUUUCUAUGCUACCUGUGCUUAAGUUUUGUUUUUGCGUCUUUUACUUUUGCUUUUGUACACCAGCUUCAAAUAGCUGAAAAUACAAUAUUUUGGGCUAUGGAAAAAUAUAUUUUACACUGAUUUAGAUGGUACAGUGAUUCUCUACACUAUAUUGCUUGUUUUGCCACAUAAACUGAAAUUAGGCAAACUAAUAGAAUUUUAGCAACCAGUACAUUUCUGCAUAGUGCAUCUUUAAAUAAAGGCAAACCUUUUUUAAAUAAAUGCAACCACAACCAAAUAAACAGACUCAAGGUAAUGGACUGGAUCAGACUGGCUGGAAAAAGAAUAUUCCUGACAACUUUGGCUGAUUGGAUAAUUUAUUUAUUUAUUUCACCUUUAUUCAACCAGGUAGGCUAGUUGAGAACAAGUUGUCAUUUACAACUGCGACCUGGCCAAGAUAAA